AUGAACAACAAGUCCGUCGGCUCCGGGACCGUGGACCACGAACUCAUCAUCGCCUCCACCUUCGGGACGCUCCUCUCCGUCGUCUACGUCGUCGGCGUGUCCGGGAACGUGUACACGCUGGUGGUGAUGUGCCACUCCAUCCGCUUCGCCACCUCCAUGUACAUCUCCAUCAUCAACCUGGCCCUGGCGGACCUGCUCUACCUCUCCACCAUCCCGUUCGUGGUGGCCACCUACUUCCUGAAGGACUGGUACUUCGGGGACGUGGGCUGCCGCAUCCUGCUCAGCCUGGACCUCCUCACCAUGCACGCCAGCAUCUUCACGCUCACGGUCAUGUGCACGGAGCGCUACCUGGCCGUGACCAAGCCGCUGGACACGGUGAGGCGCUCCAAGAGCUACCGCACAGCCCUGGCGUGGGUGUGGCUGCUCUCCCUGGUGCUCACCGUGCCCAUGAUGGUGAUGGUCGCACAGACCUCCAAGAGCGCGCCGGACGGGGGGGUGAAGAGGAUGUGCGCGCCGACCUGGGCUCCCCUGGCUUACAAAGUCUACGUGACCGUCCUGUUCGGCACCAGCAUCAUGGCGCCGGGGCUCAUCAUCGGAUACCUGUACGUGAAGUUAGCCCGGACUUACUUGGAGUCCCAGAGAAACUCCGCGAUCCCGGGGGGCAAGCGGUCCCCCAAGCAGAAGGUCCUGAUCAUGAUCUUCACCAUCGUGCUGGUGUUCUGGGCCUGCUUCCUGCCGUUCUGGAUCUGGCAGCUGCUGUCCCUGUACAGCAGCGAGCCCCUGAACCUGGCCUCGCAGACGCACACCUGCAUCAACUACCUGGUGGCGAGCCUGACGUACAGCAACAGCUGCAUCAACCCGUUCCUGUACACGCUGCUCACCAAGAACUACCGCGAGUACCUGAAGAACCGGCACCGGAGCUUCUACAGGUACACGUCGUCGUUCAAGCAGCGGCCGCCCAGCCUCUACUCGUGGGGGAAGUCCGCGUCCUCCAGCAACCAGUUCGAGUUCAACUCCGAGACGCUGGCGAUGGGGACCCUGAAGUGA